CCCAGGGGCCCCUGACAGGUGCGCAGCAUGAGCUCAGCGAAGGUGCGGCUCCGCUCGAGCGCAGCCGCUUAAGUGAAUGGAACAAACGAGUUUCUAAUUAAGAUGAAAGCUGUGUCAGUGAUCACCUUGCUGAGCGCUAAUUACAGAGCCGUGAUUUAUCAUCUGUUUGCUGCGCACGCGCUGAGGCGCAGGGCUGAUGAAGUCUGACAGGUUGUGCUGCAGAGAAGCUGUAAGUCAUCGAUCGCCGAUCACAGCGAGGCUCGAGCUCCUGCUCCCCUCCGCUGUGUUGCGCGGGGGCAGCGCGAGCGUCACGUGGUCGUCCUUCCUUCCACUCCUCCCGCCUGUUUGUCGCUGUGGCCAGCAGGUGGCGCAGCUGAUCCGGGUGCCAGAGUGACAAGCGGUGUCGCGUCUCUUGGCGCCCUCAGACCCCGGAUUGGGUCGUGUUGAGAUCAAAACCGCGGCUGGUCGCGUGCUCUUGGCAGUGACGUGACUCGCCCGAGCCCACGCAGCUUUCGUCUCUUUCUGUUGGUCAGCGUCGCGGGAGCCUCCUCAUCUCGGGAGGUUUGAUUGAUUUCACCUUCUGGGGCCAUUGGACUGGGUCUGGUCCGGGUGAGGGGUUAAUGGCAGACAACAGAGGGGUCAGGGCGUCCAUCAGGCAGCGUGUCGGAGCUGAUACGCUCCAGCAGCGGCCCCUCCAUCACGCACCUUUACACCAGCAGAUAAUGAAAAGAGGAUGAUAGAUGGAGCCAGGAUGGUGCUGGGGCCUCGAGUGACCCUUGACGGCUAAUUGAAACCCCCCUCGCGCGCCCCUCCUCUGACAGACUUUCUUUAUCGCUAUAAUUAUGGGGGUUAAGUGGCCCCGCCCCCUACCCACCCAACACCCCAAUUACGCUGAAAGUCAUUUCAUUCCAAAUUCCCCAGUGAGGCAAGAAUAGAGGCGGCGGAGACGUUCAUCCCGUGACGCCCCCCGUGUUGUGCAGUUCUGUUGCCAGCGCUCCACCUCAGGGCGGCGCUGUAGCGACGCUCCCAACAAGUGCGACUCUGAGUCCGACUCAUUCUGGACGGAUCGAACCGGCUUCAAAGCCACUGUGUCCAUCUGAUAGUCCAUUGAAUGACGGAGCUUGAACCUCGGCGUCGCGAGAGUCGAACCUUUCCGCCUCUGCUGUGAUGUAUUGCACGAGCGUUUCAACGCUCAAAUUGAUAUUUUGAACUGAUUUUUUACUGAUUAAAAAAAAAACCAAACACAGCGAAUGUCAUCAGUAGACAUAAAAUUAAGUGUGUGUGUGUGGGGGGACACAAAACGAAAGACAAAAAUAUAAAAGAAUGUACAAUAAAUAAAGAAUGCGAGAGAGCUGUGGACUUCGAUUCACAUGUUUGUUUUGCUUUUAGAUUCAAACAAUGCCUAUUGGUAAACUGGGGUUUCUGUGUGUGAAUCUCGGCUGGAGAUGAGAUCCAAUUCACAGCAAAGUAAACAUGAAUGUCUGAGCAGUCAUCACCAGCGAUGUGUUGAGCCUCAGGCCAGAGACAGCGUGUCGGCACAGGAGCAGAAGUGCGUCCGGGACUGUUAGGCAGAAAGAUCGGUGCACUUCUGCGUCACAUUUGGACUCUGACUAGGCAGAGAGGCCCGUGAUUUGCAGUGACUCAAGCGACAUCGCCUUCACUUGGUUUGUGAGGAAGAACUUUUCCCGAGAAAUACCUUGCGUUUCAUUGGAUCGUUGGGUUCGGCAAUGCAGCGUCUAAAUACCGAGGGCGUCGCGUCAGAAACAGCGGUGUUGCUGUGUUCAGAGGACCGGGCACCAGCGUGAACAGAAACGGCGCCGGGAUCCGGCUGUCCCACACGUCGCUUCAGCUGGGGUCGGCGCGCUGACGUCACUGCGCUGCGACAGGAAGUCGCAGCAAGUGGUGUAGCGUCGCUUUCCCUCCCCGGCCUCGACCACUAUGUGAGAAAGCAGCGCAGCCGGGUCAGUGAUCGGUGAGUUGGGAGGCGAAGCUUCUGAGGGAGAGCUAGCAUGCUAACGCUAGCUCCCCCGCUGCUGCUGCUGACCCUUGCCCUGUCGCGUCUGUGGCCGCCCGCGGUCCGCCGCCGCCGCCGUGUCUCGUGUGAAAGUCAUGCGGAAGACCUUGACUGUUGGGUGACUCGCUCUGGUCCGCCUGUGUGUUGUUGCUGCUGAGGUUUGCUUCCUGGUCGCCGCCUUGACCUCCCCACCAGAGAAGCUAUGUCGGCGACGGCCGCGAGUGAUGCCGAGCCGCCGAAGGGUCCGUACCUGUCUGUGGUCACCAGCCGGAGCUCCAACCUGCUGAUCCGAGGCUCGCUGCUCUUCUCGGUCGGGGUCUUUCUGUCUCUGGUGCUGAACCUGCUGCAGGUCCAGAGGAACGUCACCCUGUUCCCCCCUGACGUCAUGAGCAGCAUCUUCUCCUCGGCCUGGUGGGUCCCUCCCUGCUGCGGCUCUGCUUCCAGUAGGUACCACGGCGCGGUGCGGCAGGACCUGUGGUGUCUCCGGUGUCUGAUGGGACCUGUCUCCUCAGCUGUGAUCGGCCUGCUCUACCCGACCGUGGACCGGCGCCUUGGCCAGCCGCACCGCUUCAAGAGGGAGUGGUCCAGCGUGAUGCGCUGUGUGGCCGUGUUUGUGGGCAUCAACCACGCCAGCGCCAAGGUGGACUUUGUCAACAACGUGCAGCUGUCGCUCACCCUGGCGGCGCUCUCCGUCGGCCUGUGGUGGACCUUUGACCGCUCCCGCUGCGGCUUCACCCUGGGAGUGACCAUCGCCCUGCUGGCCACGCUGACCACGCAGCUGCUGGUCCACCACCAGCUCUUCAGGUACACCUCCCCGGACUUCCUCUACGUUCGCUCCUGGCUUCCCUGCAUCUUCUUCGCCGGCGUCAUCACCGUGGGGAACAUUGGCCGCCAGCUGGCUUUGUACGAGCACAAGUUCAGUCAAGAGAAGAGUCAUCAGGACUGAGGCACCGCACCUGUGAGCUCACCCUCACCUCUCUGCUUUGCUUCUCAUCCCUGGACCCCGCUGGACCUCACAUACUUGGACCCACUCAGAAGUCUGGACGUUCUUUGUGCCAAACUGGUGGUCCGGUCUGCCCGGCCCUCAGAGCCCGCAGCGACUGUUGCGUCCGUGUGGCGCGAGUCGGGCCGGAUGAUUGAUCGUCCCACACGCACGCGGCUAAUUAAGAUGAAUAAUGUGACGACUUGGCAGCAGGAUUCGGAGGAAGCGCUUCCUCUUUUCUGCGCAGACGGGAAGCCAUUUACUGAGCGAAUGUUAUUGUUGUGCGCUAACUAGCCGCCGCUGCCGCGUCACCGCCGCUCUCAGGCGCCAAACUUGCGCCACUAAUGAAUCCAUUAAUCUCUCUAUUUAUUCCUGACAAGCAAUUAUCUGCUGCGGCGCCGGCGGCGUGUUGGUGCGCUUUAUCUUCAUCGCUCAGCCCUCGUCCUCACCGGAGGAGCACGUGGUGGCCUCUGGCUCGUGGUUUUCCCGUGGAUCUCCAGGAUUAUCCGAGAGUGCGAGCAGCAACCAGGAGUGCGUCGUGUGCGUGGGGCGUGAAAUAAAGAGCCGGGUGAUGAAAGUGUGGAGUCAUGGUGCGUCUCUUCUCUCAGGCCGCUGAAAUGUUCCGAGUCUUUUUCUCCAGAUACUGUAGCUCGUCGCUGGUGUCAGGGCCACCAGAGCCGGCCGCAGGCCGUCCUCUAUUUCCAAACCCAGAACCUGAGGGUCUGAGGCGCGGGCGCACCCGUGCUCAGACGAUGGAGAUGACACCUGACUGGAGGUUUCUCCUCUCACACCGGCGUC